GCUUCCCCGUGUUCAUAGUCACCCGACGGAAGAUGCCAGAACUCAGAAGUCACGACCACUGCCAAGAGAUGAGUUGAGUGCGCCCGAAGCCCGUGCCUGGAGGCAGGCGCAGCGCUACAGGAGAGAUGAGUGUCGGCAAGGAAGGCUACCAGCAGCCGAGGCCUUACAGCCGCAAGAAUCAACAUCGCAAGUUCCUGCGCCAUUUCCCGAUCAUCUUUGUGUUUCUCAUCCUGGUGACGGCUGGCGGCUGCAUCUAUCGCAGCCCCCAGUGGAUACCCACACAACAGUUGAAUGCGGGGCGCGUCAAUGCUGCGCCAGUCCACAGAGUCCGCACCAGCCCAGCAUCAACCGGCAAGAGCCGAGCCGACAGCGCGAAGGACGGUCCUCCGAGCGCCGCGCUGCCCAGGCGUCCCGAGGAGCCGCGCGCGAGUCCCGAUGCACCGCCGGAGCCCGCGCCCGCAACGACUGUGUCGACGUCCGCGCGCGUGGACCUCGAGUGGUUGGCGCGCAAGAUACCGUUCCCGCUGGACCCGCCCAGCGUAGUCGACCCGAGCGCCGACGGACGCCUGGUGCGCCACCUGUGCAACACCGGCAAAGCCGAGCACCUCAUUUUUGUGCACACGGAUCCAACGCACGGACGCGAACGCAAGCUGUUCCGCUCCACCGUGGGUCACCCGCGCAUUGCGUCGCUCUUCAAAUGGUCCAUGCUCUUCCUAGUCGGUACGCGGCCGGACGUGAAUGUAACCGACGAAGCUACGCAGUAUGGCGACAUUGUGCAGCUGCCGUUCAUGGACCAUUACCGAAACCUCUCGCUCAAGUUCCUCUACGGCAUGCGCUGGGUCAUGCUCAACUGCCCCUCGGUGCGUAGUCUGGUGAAGAUUGACGACGACGUCUUCAUACACCCGGAGCUGCUGGACGCAUACCUGCGCACUCGCAUCACUGCUAACGACCGGCGGCUGCACUGCUCCACUUUCCGUGGCAACGCCGUCAUUCGAAACCCACAUAGCCGUCACUACCUGAGCCGUACCGACUAUCCCAAAAAAUAUUUCCCCAUGCACUGCCACGGUUGGUUCGUGGUCAUCCCGUCGCCCAUCAUGUGGGACCUGUACGUUGCCGCGUUCCGCGUCCCUUUCCACGCCAUCGAUGAUGCCUACGUGACAGGCGACCUGGCCAAGACGGCGUCGUUGGGCCAUGCCGACAUCUCGCCCGUGCUGUCGGCCGAUGAGGACAGGCUUCUCGAGCUACUGCGUGGCGAGUACAUGUGCGCCUUGUUCACAGGCAGGACCAAGUUGAACAUACGUGUCACACUCUGGAAGACGCUCACCUUCAUCAAGAAGAGGCAGGAUCUGGAUCUGGCCAUGCAGAGCACGCUCAAGGCCUUUAAGCAGCCGGUGCUUCAGUGAGCACCCGAGCGCCGAAAAGCGCAGCCGAUCGACACCGGCUUUGUAAACGGUUGAGCUGUUUCGUGAGGAGUGCUUUGAUGGCUUCGCAGUGAACACGGCGAAGAGACGGGUGGGCGGGGUGCAUUGUAGACUAGCAAUGGGUGUUGGUUAAAGCGACGACUUAUCCACCUGAGUGCGGUGACAUGGCAGACAAAUGAAGCAGCUUUUCUAUGACAGUAGACAGCGAAGGUAACGCUUCCACCUCAAGCUAACUAUGGGCUUCAAAGGCACAAUUUUGUUACUACUCAUCGUCUAAUGAAAUAUUUGCUCAUUUGAGUGCUUUGUCACCGUGCGUGUUCGUUUUUAGUCCUGUCACCAAGCGUCUUUUGGCCUUUUGAAUGCAUGUGCCUAAGGACGUGUGUCUUGCGCGCGUGUCUAAGCAACCUAGCGUGUAAGUAGUUAUUUCCUCUGGGAAAAGAAACCCAUGGCUUCCAGGCUUGGUUUUGACAACAACAAGUGGACCAUUUGCGUGAACUUCUCUCUGGUUAGUCCUUGUGGCUUCUAACAGGAAAUAAUUCCCGUUAUAUAGUUUAGACACAAGCUUGAAAACUGACUCGCAGUCGAAACGUUAGUUUCGCACUUUGGCAAUACGGAGGAGCUUUGCUCAAGUUCAGAGUCCUUCCUCCCUUCUGUAACAGGUGUCGGAUGAUCCCACGUAGCAGCUUUCACCAGCCACGUAGUGGAGGGUCUUCAGUAAGCGCACAUUGCCCGCAUAAAUGUUCACCAGGCAAAUACCUGAACAGGUAUCAUCUGUAACAUUGCAAACCCUUUGGGAGUCAGGAAAUACGCACGCGGCACCAUUUUUCGUUGAGAUGUGUGUUUGCUGUCUAUCGUGUGCUGCGAACUGCUCUUGUUGGCUUCGGACGUUGGGUUCCAGUGGAAGGAAUGAAACAAACCCUUAUUCAUUAUAGUCGUCUUCCCUUUGUAAUUAGUGCAUGCCAUGUGCCAUGAAGUUCAAACUGAACUUAUUGGCUUUCAUAAGCCGCUGAGUGUCGUUAGCAUUGUUUUGUUGCUAUAAAUAUGUCAUCCAGUGUUGUUUUCUAGAGCGAGUGAAAUGAGUCGCGGAGGAGUGAUUUACACAGCUGUAUAUAUGUUUCAAGUGUCCUUGUGCUUCUCACAGCUACUCAAGUCUCUUUGUGUCUUGGACAUCGGACUUUUGAGCGCAUUUAAGACGUGAACGUUUUGAAGUGGUUCUCAUUUCAUUUUCGCCACCCUGAGCAAUCAUGUAGUUAGCGGUGGACUUCUUGCUCAAACACUCAUUUGCUUCGAAAAGUGGGGUAGUGUUCAAUGACUGUUUCGGGCAUGUGGUUCAUAAAAGGCUACAAUGACAGAAUGCUGACAGAAUAUGAAGCUUUUGCGGCGAAACCCUGGAAAAGCCCCAUGUAUUAUUACGUCAUCUUUGCUUGGCAAAAGUAUAAUUACAUAUGCUUCGAAAAAGCAUAAACGUCGCCCUAUCUAAAUGUACACAUUUCUUUGCAUACCAUAGAAUAAAUAGUACAUUAUUCAUAUACUGGGUACUUAGUUUUCAGGUUCAACCACAUCCCCGAUUUUUCACGCCGACAAAGUUUAAUUCUAGUUUGAACCAGAUUUUUUUUCGAAAGGGCGACAUUGAAAAAAAAAAAAUGGCACAGAUACACCAAGAAUACGAUGAAAUCCUAAAAUCAAGGCCGCGGUCAGAGAUGCGUUUGAGCCACUCAAGGAGGGCAGGAAUUUUAGUACGAUACAUUCUGGCAAAUUUUGAUCGCCUUGUCAGUGCUGAAAUAUAGUGUAAGUAUGAGUGUAAAACUCAACUGAAGCAUUCAGCCUUUUUUUAUUAGCUCACGCCCCCGCCAUUUUGGUGGAGAACGAUGUCGCCUGAGUCCCGAACAGGAGUGCAAAAUCUCACGCCUUUGGCGCUCACGGCGGCCACUUAUAGGUGCGAUCAUCUUCGUCAGGUGACGUAGUAAUGGGUGGGGCAGGGUAAUGCCCUAUACAUGGCGAAAGUAUGGCAUGGAAAUUCCAUCAGCUUUUGUAGAACACAUACGCUGUAUUUGCCGGGUUUGUUCUCCGCGUGAGGCCAGCACGUGCCUCGCGCUAGGGGCUUCGCACAAUGCGAGUACUCCUUGUAUUAGCGAAAAAAGGGUGAUGAAUCCGCGGUUACUUUCUCGCUGCUACUGAAAAGUGCUGUGGUUCACUAGAGGUUUAUUUGGAAAAUGCUGGUCAAGUAUACGUCAUUCAAAUUGGAGGUUGUACGAUGGCAUGAUAUGUCUGCUACGAAAAAAAAAAAAGAAAAAUGAAACGAAAAUAUAGUUUAGCCGCGUACUUUGUACUUGGGCAAUUUUAGAAAAGCUUCUUUUUUAUGUUCAUGAAGCUUGUGUUUUUCUUGCCGAUGGCCAUAUUUUAGGCAAAGUUAGAAGUGAAAAAAAAAAGUAUCGAUGUUAUGCGAAUCGUUUUGCAGCCCCAUUUGGGGCGCUGCAAAGCAUUACCGGAUGGACCAAUGUGUUUGUGCAGGGCGAGCUAUUGUGUGUGACGACAGCAGCGCGGCGACGACGACGAUAGUGACGACGAUGGCAUCAUCGAUGAUUUAUGGCACUCUCCCGGCGAAGAAACGUUCCAUCCUGGUCAAUCAUGCACCGAUCCCGGAGGCGUUGCAAUAUGAGGAAGACUGACGCGCGGUCACGUUUAAAAGCAACGUGUUAUAUGUGACGUGGCGCUUAUUCGCGCGUCCCAUUACUGCGUAGAAAGGAAUAGGACGCUCGAAAGUUCUAAAUUAAAUAUACAGGAUCCGAAUUCACAAAGCAGUUCAUACACUAAAAUUUCUCCUAAGGAGAGCUGCUGACCAAUCGUGGUAGCCAACAUGGGCAAAGAACAAACGGCACUUACGAAAAUGACCCGCUGCUGUGGCUCAGUGACGUUCUGCUGCUGAGCCCGGGGUCGCGAUUUCGAUUGCCGUCCAUGGCGACCGAAUUUCGCUGCAGACGAGAUGCAAAAAAAAAAAGGCAAAAAAACAAAACAAAGAAAAACGCUCCUACGCUUAUAUUUAAGUGCACGCAAAGGAGCGCCAGGCGGUGGAAACUAAACCGGAGAGGCCUUCAGUUUGGCUUUAUUUUAUUUUCUAGAGUGAGGAAGAACCUUUCUUGCCAUAUGAAUGUAAUCCCGGUUUUGCAAGAAUGCCUAGCUUGCAAUAUAUAUAUAUAUAUAUAUAUAUAUAUAACGUAAAAAAAGCAAAAACAUUAAAUUUCGACGUUUCG